UUACAAGGCGAGACACAAAUUACCGGGAAGCCAUCAGCUCGGAAGAACGUCUCUCCAUUUGUCUGAGGUAUCUAUCAACAGGAGACUCAUUCCGAUCAAUAGCUUUCAGUUACAGGGUGGGUUACUGCACAGUGGCAAGAAUUGUAAAAGAUGUGUGUGAGGCAAUAUGGUCUGGCAUGGUCCAGGAAUACAUGCCUUUCCCUGAACAACACCACUGGAAGAGGAUCGCUGAAGACUUCCAUAGGCUAUGGAACUUCCCCAACUGCCUGGGAGCAAUUGAUGGGAAGCAUGUUGCAAUACAGGCCCCAUCAUCAACAGGGUCCAUGUAUUACAAUUACAAAGGGAGCUUCUCCAUCGUCCUCCUAGCAGUAGUUGAUGCCAGGUACCUUUUCCGGAUGGUGGAUGUGGGGGCAUAUGGGAAAAGCAGUGAUGGUGGGACCCUCUGUGCCUCUGACUUUGGUAAGGCCCUCCACCAGGGGACCCUUGACCUGCCAGAGGAUGCACCUUUACCAGGAGCAGAAGACCUCCAACCUGUGCCACAUGUAUUUGUGGGUGAUGAGGCUUUUCCUCUGAAGAAGAACCUUCUCCGACCCUAUCCAGGAAAACACCUUGACAGGGAGAAGCGUGUGUUCAAUUACCGUCUUUCCCGUGCAAGGAGGAUGGUAGAGUGCACAUUUGGGAUCCUUGCUGCUCAAUGGAGACUCUACCACAGAGUGCUUGGUGUUUCACCAAAAGUUGCUGAUGCAGUGGUGAAGGCCACUUGCAUCCUUCACAAUUUCCUUCGCUUUGAGGAUGCUGGUGAAGAGGAAGGAAGUUGUCCCCCCCCUGCCAUUAGAGCAGCAGCUUGCUAUGCAGCCCAUCCAGCGAGUAGGCAGCAACAACGCCUCUAGGGAAGCACUAGAAAUUAGACAGAGGUACACCACCUACUUCUCUUCUCCUGCAGGUGAAGUUGCAUGGCAGCAUUCUGUCAUCUAAUGCCUUGUAAUGACUCCCACUACCAUCAAGACAACCUUUAGCAUGAAUAUCAGGACCACUACCAUCAGUAACAUCAACAUCAGGACCACCACCAGUAGUAUCAAGAAAGGCUCUUUUAAGAGCCACCCAAAACCUUAGAAAAUGAGCAUAUUUCCAUUUUUGCUUUCACCAGCAAGCUAUACAUUGCAACAAAAAUAAAACAC